CUCCAUCAUCAGCCUUCCAUUUAAUACACCUAUACUUUCCUAUUGCCAAGAGCGAUCGUCACUACACCACAAUUAAGAACACCACAACUAAGAAGUCAUGUCGCUCUACAGCACCUACAACCAGUUCUUCCCGCCCAAGCCCACAUUCACGGAAAAAGACGUCCCUUCUCAAGCAGGCCGAGUCUUCAUUGUGACAGGCGGAAACUCAGGCAUCGGAUAUGAGCUGUGCAAGAUCCUCUACGGCAAAGGCGCCACCGUGUAUAUGACAACGCGAUCAAAGGAACGCGCAGAGGCCGCCAUCAAGACCAUCACCCAAGCUGACCAGCCCCCACAAACCCCAGGGCAACUCAAGUUCCUGACCCUCGAUCUCAACGACCUCACCUCGGUCAAGUCCGCCGCGGCGUCUUUCGCCCGCCAGGAGUCCAAGCUCGACGUCCUCUGGAACAACGCCGGACAGGGCGGCUACGGCCUCCCCGUCGGCGCGAAGACGGUGCAGGGCCUCGAAGCCUUUGUCGGCGCCCACUGCGUCGCCACGCUCCUCUUCACGGAGCUACUCCUCCCGCAGCUCCGCGCUGCAGUAGCCACAACCUCGGCGCCGGGGUCGGUGCGCGUCGUGUGGACGAGCAGCUUCCUGGCGGAGAAGGCGACGCCGUGGGGGGGCGUCGAGUUCGAGAAAUUGGCCGAGGGGACGGCGGACGCGGUGCGCAACUACGGCGUGUCCAAGCUGGGCGGGUGGAUGCUGGCCCGGGAGGCGGCGCGACGGCACGGCGGCGAGGGCAUCGUCAGCGUAGCGCAGAACCCGGGGAAUCUAAAUUCGAACGUGUACGCGGGCAUGUCGCCGUUCCUCAAGUUCUUCGUCCGGCUGGUUUUGUACCAUCCGAGGUUUGGCGCGUACACCGAGCUGUAUGCUGGGUUGUCGCCUGAUGUCUCGCUGGAGAAUAAUGGAGCUUAUGUCAUCCCCUGGGGGAGGAUUCAGGCCGAUGCGGACUUUUCGAGGGAGGAUAUUGUCAGGGCGAUUACACCCGAGGAGGAUGGUGGGCUGGGGUAUGACAAGAAGUUUUGGGAGUGGUGCGAGCAGCAGUGGAAGCCGUUCGUUUAGAGGGGUGCCGACUGGGGAAGAACGAGCGGUCGACACCAGGCGAUAAGGGAAACCCCCUUGUAAUAAUGAGCGAGGGAGAAAGCGGGGCGGGAAUCCGAGGCAACGAUGCCACCAGCAAGCGACCUAAUUAUCCACUUCUAGAAAUCACACGAGCGCAAUAUUCGUCCUCCAGACGAGCGGGAUGAGUGGUAUCGGGCUGGGAGUGAAAUAAGACGAAAUGUUGCAGCAAUCAUGGUCCCAAACCACCUCCACCGACAUCUCAAGUCCAGUCACCUGAUAAAGUUCCGUCAGGGUCUUGCGAGGAUGCUGGACUGGGUAAACAUCUAGGUCGUAUUGUCCACUGCACGAGAGCGUCACCUUCGGCUAGCGUGUGGUAGUUUUCAGGAUAUUAUAUGCAGGGGUACCCAGGGGCACGCUAGCCUGUCGUACAGUACCCAUCUGUUG